UUCAGAGAUAUCAUCAUACACCCCUGGAACAGGUGGGACUUGAACCCGAGCCUUCUGACUCAGGGUAAUUGGGUGUAACUGUGUUGCAAGUUAUCGGAGCCAUGAUACUGACUCAAUGCUGCAACUAAUUGCCAAGGCUGCACUCGCGCUAAGUAUAUGUAAUGUAGGUUUCCUUUGACGAAGUGACAGACUGUCCUGUGAUCCUCUCCGACUCUGAGGCAACCGGAACGUCUUUUGAACAACUUUUCCGGACUUUAAAGUUCGAACGUUCCUACAGCAAUAAGGCGGAGUUUUUCAAAGUUUGUACCGCGACAAAAAAAAAGUUGUGAAAGCAAACAACAGUGGGCGGAGGUCACAAGGUUUGGCUUUCGGAGCGGUGCCAUUUUGAUUUUCUUCAUCCCACUUUGAACUUCAAAGAGGAAGUAUAACACCAGUCGAUGUUACAAUACUUGUGGUGAAUUUCUGUUCUUUGGUGAGUUUUCAACUCUAGAUUGGAAUGGAGAAGAUAGAGACAAAUAAUGGCAAUGAAGCUAAUCACAACACAACAACUCUUGUCUUGCAUCGGGCAAAGAUGCCAGCCAGUAUUAUCAUCUCUACAGUUCUGUUCAUUGCAGAAACUGUAGCUGGUGGCUUUCUGUGUGCAGUGUACAGUCGUUGGGGUGAUUCAUACUGGUUAGGACUAACUAUCUCCUUCAUGUUAGUACCAUCUGUACUGGUGCAGUUUACACUGAUCUUAAUCCAUCGUGAACUGGGCAUGAACAGACCUUUUAUACUGCUGCUUCAUCUACUGCAGAUGGGACCCAUCAUCAGGUGUGUAGAAGCUAUAAUUGUGUUCUGCAAGUCUGGGAAACAUGAAGAACCAUAUGUCAGUAUCACCCGAAAGAAAAGACUCCAUCAUGGACAAUCAAAUGAAUUUGAAAAAGAAAUGGGCCAUUCAACAAGAAAGUUGACUAUUCACCGUAAUGCAUUUCAGCGGGCGUCAGUAAUUCAAGCCUUUAUGGGCUCCACCCCACAGCUCACCCUCCAGCUGUAUAUAAGUAUAAUGGAAAAUUACAUUCCACCAGCACGAGGUGCUCUCAUGGUGAUGUCAUUGCUGUCAGUGACCUAUGGAGCCCUGGUGUGUAACAUUCUGUCCAUUCAGAUCAAGUAUGAUGACUACAAGAUUCAGAUGAGACCAGCUGCUUACAUAUGCAUCAUCCUGUGGCGCAGCUUGGAAAUUGCUACACGAGUUACAGUGUUGGUGCUGUUCAGCACAGUGUUGAAGCAGUGGACCUUCGCUGUGGUCUCAAUUGAUUUUCUGAUCUACUUUUUCCUCCCGUGGGUGGAAUUUUGGUGUAGUCGCUCACCAUUUCCUGAAAACAUCGAAAAGAACUACAAACGGUUUGGCACAGCUGUUGUAUUGUUGCUUGUUACCAUUCUCUAUGCUGGAAUUAAUGUGUUCUGCUGGUCAGCGGUCCAGCUUAUGCUAAGUAAUCGUGACUUGAUUAGCAAGAAUCAGAACUGGGUUAGGUUGUCUGUCUAUUAUAUAUUGCGGUUUAUUGAAAAUGCAGUGCUUCUAAUUAUAUGGUACUUUUUCAAAACCGAAGUGUAUGAGUACCUCUGCUCCCCCCUGCUGGUAGUUCAGUUAAUUAUUUGCUACAGCCUAGCUAUCAUUUUCAUGCUGCUCUUCUAUCAGUACUGCCAUCCGUGUAGGUUACUUUUCACACACAACGUCGUAGACUGUCUCCAGUGCUCAUGUUGGAAAGAACCUCGCUUCAAGUCUGCAGUUGAGGAUUCAUAAUUCAGCUAUGUUAGAGCAAGAGAGAGCUGCAGUGAAAACGUGAUUUUGUUUUGCUCACAUCACCCUUCCCCUUGGUUUUGCAAGCUGGUGAAUUUCACGAGGAGCAUGAAUUGUGCAGAGAAAAGAACAGUAUGACCUUGCAGAUCAAAGCAUUCUACUGCUGUAAUCUGGAUCAGUGCCUGGAAUAUGACGUCUACAUGAGCUCAUCACAAGGUGGUAAAGCUGACUUGUGGCUUCUUUUUAUGUGAAAACUGGCAGCCAAAGGAGUUGCAACAUUUCUGGGAUAGUCAUUCUCCCCGAAACCACAGAAAGCCCUAACCAACAGAUGCACCCAUUAACCACAAAAAUACCUUGGAUCUUGUCGACAUUUUGGGAGAUCAAGGCUGGAUCUGCAUUAAACAGAAAAAAUAUUUGUAUUUAAUGAAAAAUUGUUGACUUUGCAUAGUUUCUUUUCCUCUGAUGCACUUUUGAUUUCUGUGUGGUAGCCUCAUAAUGAGCUUUAAAACAUCAUUCACUGGAAUGUAAUGGUUAUUUUUCUCAAAGGCUCAAAGUUAUUUAAAUUAGUGUGAUUUUGAUUUUAUGGUGGUAAAACUGGUUUGUUUUCAUUUAUUGUCAAGUUUUCUUCAUUCACUUUCCAUAAAUUCUGUCUUACUUUCUUAGAUAUAACUUGUUACAUUCUGAUUAAAUGGGUAUUAUUGAGCUUUGUUUUUAAAUUCAUUCAAGGGAAGGGCAUGUCUCUG